UGCGUAGUUGCUGUUCCUAUUCUCUGCAGCUCGUCUUGGCCUGCAUUGUCGUCGGACAAUAUGCGCUCGUUAAAGUCGUCGCGUGUAUAAUUGUAUUAUAAUGUAUUAUUUGGAAACACUGUGCUAUUGUCCCUAUCGUCGUACCGCAUAGCCAUACGAUAUCAUAGACCACUUUUCGAUGACUCAGCGUUGUCAGUUUUCGCUGACGAGCAUCGCGGUGCGGUCCAGAGCUCUUUACAACAUUAACAAUAAUAAUAUUAACAUUAACGACAGCGUCGCUAGCUAUCAUAGAUAGGUAUGUGCGGUAAACAACACGGGCCGGCAUGGAAAUAGUGCGUAAACCUCGCGUGUCGAGUAUAAUGUUACUCGUAUAAUAUAUAAUUAUGUUAUAAGUUGUAUGGUGCGUGUACGACGCAUUUUUUAUGGCCCGAACGACCGAGAAAAAAAGAUGAAAUUUUUGAGCAAAACUUUUCGCCCGGACCGAAUUAACACCACUGAUCAACGACACGUGGCGGUCAAUCGGACGUCGCUGGGCCGGGCAAUAAUAAACGACCGGACGGACGUGACGGAGCGCCGCCGCCGCCGCUGCAAGUCAAAACUCACUCCGGAAAGGGUCAGACUUAACGGAUAUGAUUCCAGCGAGACCUUCAGUGACAUGUUGGAAGAUGUGGCCGUCAAUUACCGGACGCAUCAUGGUACUCAGCCAAGACCAGUAUCACCGAUAAUUCACGUGACUAGGAGAUCCUCGACAGCAUCGCAAUCGGACUCGGACAAGUACGGGACUUUGGAUGACACAGAUAUGUCGGUGAAUUCACUUACAAGUGUCAACUCAAUAUCGAGUUUACUGAGAGAAAAACUUUUGAUGAAUAUACAAAAAAUGUCAAAAAACAAAGAAGUGCAAGCCGACUACAAGCUGAGGGCAUUUAUUAUAUUUUUGUUCAUCGUGAUAGUCUGCGUGCUGAAACUUGCUCACGUCUAUUACGACCGUCACGUGCUGCAGAAAGCAUAUUUUAAGUACACGAGGUUCAACAAGGACGACCGUUUCUUGCGAUUAUUCGGUGUCGACGGGCACGAGAUAGCGUUUGGUUACCUCGGUGUGGACCUGGCGGAGAGGGAGAAGGCUUUCGAUUGCCUGGCGGAGCACCGUACGCCUCCAAACGCGCAGUGCUUCGAAUGGAUGCAAAAAGCCAGAUUGUAUCUGUCCCACGAGGAAAGACCGGAGGGCCUGAACUGCUACACAGUGGAGUGGUUCAGCCUGACGGAUAAAUACAACCCCAUAGACUGUUACGAGGACGGUGAACAAUACGGCCAUUGGUACGGGGGCGGGAGAACGUUGGGCAUGGCAUGGCCGGUUCAGUUGGGGAGGGUGGAAAUGUCGCCUUUCAUAACCGGACACGUCGGCAGGCAUCGGUGGGGCAGCGUGCUUGGCCGGUACUUUAUCAACUCCAAAGGAGUGGCGAUCACGGUGCACUCAAACACGCCACUGCACGUGUCCAUAAACGCCGGCCGCGACAACAGGCUGUGCAUAAAGGCGAGCCACGACGACUUCGCCUACCGGCGGACGGCUGACCUGCCUGUCCUGAACUACACGAUAUGCUCGGCACGAAACAUGAAGACGUUGCACACGGCCCUCUCCGAGAAAAUGUUGUGGGACGGGCUGAAGGCAUCGGACACCGAGAUCAUAAACUCGCUGCUCACGGAGCCCGUCUGGCAACUGGCGCCGCCCAGGAAAGAACUGCUCAACGAGUCCACGAUGGUCAACUACACCGAGGACAUCAUCACGCUGGGUUUCAUAAAACAAGGACACGUGUUGCUGAAUGAAUUUUGGCAAGCGGAAAUGGGCGAUUUUUCGCUGGACCAAAAAAGAUUUCCAACCAUGAAAGAGACAAUCAACAUAAUCCACAGGAGAGGUUUCCGCAUUGUGGUCACCAUACAACCGUUCAUCAGCACUGAGUCAAGAAAUUUUGCAAAAGCCGUCAGAGAGGGUAUUCUCGUCAGACAAAUUGGAAACGAACGAGACGUGCCGGCCCUGACCAGAUACAAAACUGUACAAAGUGCUGGAAUGUUGGACAUAACUAACAAAAACUGCGGACCAUGGUUACAGCAGCAGUUGAAAGACCUCGUAGAAAGAUAUCAAUUUGACGCUUUCUACUUGGACAUGGGAUCCGCUUACGACUUACCUCGCCACUAUCUGUUCGCCGAGAACCUAACGAAUCCGGACUACUACAAAUCGCUCUUCACUCAGACCGUUUCGGACAGCGUAAACGUGUUCGGUGUCUCUUCGGCCAUCAGUCGGCCACCGGCUCCAAUUUUCGUGUCAUUAUUGUCACUGGCCUCUACUUGGGACUCUCUUCAGGUGAUCAUACCGACUAUGCUCACAUACGGAAUAGUCGGAUAUCCGUUCCUGUUGCCUGGGCCUGUCGGUGGAGACUUUCAAGUCGGUAACGUUUCGUUGCAUGCACUGCUUCCGCCAGACAAUCCGUCGAUAGAACUCUUGGAGACCCAAUCGCUGAAGGAAUGCAAGCAACGUGGACAAAACUAUAACGAGAGUCGAGAACUGGUGAUGAGAUGGAUGCAGUUGGCUACGUUCUUACCGGUAAUUAGGUAUGCGAGGCUGCCCAGCGAUUGUGACCCGCAAGUACUCCAGUUGACGAAAAACUUGACGUCUCUUCGACAGCAAACAAUUAAUCCAUUGCUGAAGCGGUACGUUCAGGAAGCUCUGGAAACCGCAGUACCGCUGAUAAGGCCGCUGUGGAUGUUGGACCCUUCGGACACGACAUGCUACAUCGUGAAAGACGAGUUCUCUAUAGGCGAAGAAGUCAUCGUGGCGCCCAUUCUGCGACCAGGAGCCACAGAGCGCGAGGUGUACCUGCCGGCCGGUGUUUGGAAGGAUGGGAUCGAGGGAAGCUUGAGAAAGGGGUCCAGGUGGAUACAUAACUACAAGAUACCGUUGGACAAAAUCGCGUAUUUCGUCAAAAUGCCAAACAACACUAGGUUUUGAUAUGUACAGGAGGAUUCACCAUGAUAUUCACAUCCAUUUUUCCUUAAUAGUUGUGAGUUUAUUCAAAUUCUGAUUUUAUGAAUAUUUAGACGGGCAUCAUAAUAUUGUGUGUGACAAAAAUUGUCGGCAUCGCGUUUUUUAGUUACUAUACAUAAUGUGAUGUUUUGUUUUCUAGUUUAUAGUAUAAUACAUUUUUAAUAUUAUAAACUUUGACAGUAAUUUUGAUAACUGAAUAACUACAUACAAACUUUUUUUAAAUUAUACUACACACUCUUAAGAGGAUGUCAGCGCACUAUUUGUUUUCUCUCUUUGGCCCACGUGCAACAUGUACAAAACGCAUUAACGCAUUUUUUCUAUGUUUAUAUGAUAGAGAAUAAUAUUUUUGAGGGAAUGACAUAUCGAUUUUAUAUUUUAUUGUUAUUUGACUUUGUAUUCGACUAUCAAAAUAAACAAUAAAUGUUAUAAGUUUAAAUUAUUAUUAAAUUGCUUUGGUACAAUAUUUCGACAAAUCGAUAUAUCUUUCCUUUAAAAAUAUUAUUCUCUAUCUUUUUUAUAAUUGGUGAUUUUACUCUAAGAUAACUUAAAAACAUAGAAAAAAUGAUUCUUCGUAAAUGCGUUUUGUCUAUGUUGCGCGUGGGCCAGAGAAAGAAAACAAAUAGUGCACUGGCAUCCUCUUAAGACAUUAUCGUAUAUUAUAAUAGUUUACCUACUCUAAAUCCUAAUCCAUCAAUAAUGAACGUGUAGAAGGUACCUCUGGUAAGGUUAGGUCACAUUUAUACGAUAUAAUUUUUAAUUAAUUACUACAAAUGUUGAAUAUGAUUCAAAAAUAUUUAAUGAUAAUUUUGAUUGUUAAAUAAAAUACAAUAUAAAUAAUUAUUACAAAAUUCGUCGUAAUGAAAAUAGUUUUAGAUUUUAUGGUCACUAAGUGACUCUGCUAUUGACAUCACAAUAUAUUCGAUACAACAUGCAACCUAUAAUAAUCUAUCAGAUAAAUCUAUCUAGAUAUUGAAUACUUAUAAAUUAUAAUAUAUAUUUCAUGUAGGUAUCUAUAUAGGUAUUGUUUAAGUUUAUGUAUGUUUAUCUUGGAUAAAAAAAAUCGUGUACACUGUACAUGCAUUUGAUCCAAUAAACGCAAAAAAAUUAAAUAUUCAUGAUCUAUUUUGUAUUAUUAUUAAAAAUAAUGAAAUCUAUUCCGAGAAGAGGGUUUUAUAUUUAUAUAUACAUGUAUGUACUUACUAUGAAACAAAAUGACAUAUAGAUUUAGUCGUUAUAACGCUAUAAUUGUACCAAUACUAUUAUAAUAAUAAAAUAUACUUGCAAAGUCGUGUUAUAUAAAGUGGUAUGUACGUUUUCUGUUAAGUUAAUGCAUAACACACAGUUUUAGGCUUUAGGUGUUUUAAUAUUGAUAUAGAAUAAUAUAGCCAACAAUUAUUAUUUACACAAACAGAAUCAUAAUUAUAUUUUUUAUGUCAGUAAUAUUAAUAAUAUUUUUUUGUGCCUUGUAUGUGUGUAUACGUUUUACUAAUAUAGUCUAUAACCUACA